GGCAGGUCCCGGAGUCCCGGGCGGGCUCUCCCCAGAGUCAGGCAGACGGCUGCGGCGGGAACGGCGGCGUCUCCUCGCCUCCCUCCUUCCUUCCCUUCGUUCCCCGGCCCGGCCGCCCAGCCCGACAGGUAUGGCGCUGACGGUGGACUUGGUGGGACCUGCACCCUGGGGCUUCCGCAUCUCGGGCGGCAGGGAUUUCCACACGCCUAUCGUGGUGACCAGGGUAACUGAGGAGGGCAAGGCCGAAGCUGCUGACCUCCGGCCCGGUGACAUUAUUGUGGCCAUCAAUGGUGAGAGUGCUAAGAGCAUGCUGCAUGCCGAGGCCCAGAGCAAGAUCCGCCAGAGCCCCUCGCCGCUGAGGCUGCAGCUGGACCGGCCUCAGGUUGCCUCUCCCGGGCAGACCAACGGGUUAAGCUCCCCUGAAGUGCUGGCCACUCGCUUCCAGGGCUCCAGGAGGACACACACCGACAGCCAGUCCUCCCUGCGGUCUUCCUGCUCCAGCCAGGCCUCCCUCAGCCCCCCACCAGGCAGCCCCUUCUCCACCCUGCCCCCCGCCAGCCCCCAGGCCCCCGCGGGAGAGGUGGUGACCAGCCACAGUUUCCAGAGCCUGGCGUACUCCCCGGAACCCACUACUGCUGACCACUUGUCCUACAGGGGCCGCCCCGGAAGCCAACAGGCCGGCCUGGGCCGUGCUGGCGACUCGGCUGUGCUGGUUCUGCCGCCACCGCCUUCCCCAGGUCCCCGUUCCUCCAGCCCCAGGCUCAGCGUGGCCUCGGAAGGGGAAAGCCACCUCCUGAGAGAGGACUCAGAAGUCUUCAAAAUGCUGCAGGAAAAUCGCGAGGCACGGGUGGCCCCCCGGCAGUCCAGCUCUUUUCGGCUCUUGCAGGAAGCCCUGGAGGCUGAGGAGAGAGGUGGCACACCCGCCUUCCUGCCCAGCUCGCUGAACCCCCAGUCCUCCCGGCCCACUUCCAGGGCCCUGGCCACCCCACCCAAGCUCCACACGUGUGAGAAGUGCAGCGCCAGCAUCGCCCUCUGCAGAUCUGCCUCUGGAUGAGGUGCCUCCUCUUGGAAACUCUUGCUGUUACUUCCUCCUCCCCCUCUUUGGAAUGGGAUGCGUUUUCCAGAGGUAGGCCCAUUUUUCUCAUUAUAAUGCAGCCACAUUCUCUGGAAAAUUGAACCCUGCCCCCCCCAGAUAAAUUUCUUCCGUGCACAGUGGUGAGGGUCAGAUGACUUAUUUUAGGCAAACCCCUAGCCUCCGUGGGCCUCCGUGUGUCAUCUGCAGAACGCGACACUGCCCAGCCCUGCUGUGCAGGCCCGAGGAAGGGGUCCUAUACAGUGUUUCUCAAAGAUCAGCAGCUGGACCUCUGAGGGAUUUCGGGCCCACACCCCCAGAGUUUCCUCUUCGGGAGGUCCCUAGCCCCAGAGUUUGCAUUUCCAGUUCAUCCCCAGGUGAUGUGAUGCUGUGGGUCCUGGCACUGGGACCGCAUUUUGAGAAUCACUGCUCUAUUAACAAGCCACAAGAUCCAGGAUGGUGCUUGUCUGCCUUUGUGUGGGGGAGGAAUGACUUUUUAAAAAUUGGGGUUCGGGGAUGUGGGCUGGGGGUUUGUUGAACGGAGAUUCCUGAGGGCAGGCCUGGGGAGUCAAGUGACGAGAUUUUGGGACCUUACCGGGUCCUGACUCUGGGCUGGAAACUAGGUUCCCUGAGAAUGGGAAUGGUGGCUUCGUGCCUGGUGUUCUCCCCUCUCUCCUCCCCCCUAGGCUAAUGGCUCUCUCCUCCCUGUGCCCGCCCCCCCCCCAC